AUGCGUCGCGCGAUACAGAGCACCGUCUCCCGGCGGCCACCACUCCUCCCCACGCGGCCGUUACUGAGAAACACCGCCACCACCACUACUAGUACAACCACAACCACAGUCGACACCAAUGGCUGGAGAUCCUACGCAAGCAGCGUGAGCGGGAACGGCGGGAACGGCGGCGACAGGGAGAAGAACAAGAAGAACAAGAGGAGCAACGACGAGCGGUGGAAGAAGCCUCCCGGAAUCAGCUGGGACGGCUUCAGGAAGACCAAUAAGCACUUCAGGCCUCAGGGCAAGUCCCAGAAGAAGGGACAGAAGCGACAGGAGGAGGAGGAGGAGGAGAAGAAGGAGAAGGCGCCCCCGGAGGUGGUGCGCAAGCUGGCCGAUACAGAGUUGUCGUUUGAGCAGUGGCAGAAGAUCAACGAGCGCAUUGUCAGCUUCUCGCAGCUGCUCGAUGAGUCGUCUGUUGCGGCGCCAGAGUCGUUGGGGAAGAACAGACUGGUGGACCGGGUCGAGUACUGCACGAAUAUAAAGCUCUGGCAGAUCCUGCUCAAGUUCCGGCGCCGGCUGUACGAAGAUGCGGGGGUGCGUGAGAUCUGGGGUGGCCUGCGGCUGCGGAAAAUGGACCUGCCUACGGAGGGGGCGAGUGCUGAUGAGCUGUGGGAUGUGUUUUUGCGCUCGGCCACGAGGGACGAUGCUUUCAUGGGUGUUAUGUGGGAGUAUAUACAGGAACUCGACACCCGCACCGGGGAGGCCUGGAACGGCGUCUACGAUGCUGUCAUUGGCCGCUAUCUCGUCACCGACCCGGUGAAGGCUAGAGCAUGGCACUACAAGCUGUACCCGCGGCAUGCCUCCAGAUCGCUGCCCGAGCUGUUUUCGGAAGUGCUGGCCCUCAACCCGGACGCCCACACGUACCUACGUAUCAUCCACGCAACGACAAAGAAGCCGGCGGGCGUAUACACCACCAUGAUCCCGUCGCUGUGCAAGCUCGGGCUGCACCCUGAAGCCGUGCGGUGGCACCAGCACUGUCUGUCGUUCGACGACCUGCCCGAGGACACCAGCGCGGCGGACGAGCUGGUGUGGUGGAUGGCAAAGUACGGGACCAUCAACGAGCUGCACCAGCUUGUGUAUUCGUUUGUGGAGAUGGAGGUGCCCAUGAGGCAGAGCACGCUGACAAGUAUCAUUCUUGCGCGCCUGGACAAGAUGGAGGCGCUGCGGUUCAUCCUGGCCCGGUCGAACGAGUUUGACACGAAAGCCAUGGGGGAUCACUUUUGGGCCCAAGUGAUCUCGCAGCACAAUAUCGACAAGGAGGACGUGUAUCGGUAUCUGUGCACGUUUGCCGUAGGACUGACUGUCGGCCGGCAUACAGUCGAGGCGGCGGCGAAGAGGUUCGACAUCGCGGAGGACAAGGCAGUCUGGCUGCUGACCGAGAUUGGCAUCAAGAUCCGCGAAAGUGACCUCAUGCCGCUGGACGUCGGUGAAGACGAACCGCAGCAAUCUCCAAUGCAUAGAGAUCCCACCGCGUACCGGCGCCCGCGGAAUAUGGCCGAACUCUCGAAAGCUCUCCAGAGCCUGAUCAAAGCAAAGGACUGGCAAUCCUUCGACGAGCUCCUGUCCAGGCCCCUGCCCGGCCCGCCCGACGCAGCGCUCAGCAACGUCCUCCUGCAGUCGGACCUUUCACGCGGCCGCCUCCAGGAAGCCCUCCACAGAUUCGAGCAGAUGCGUCUCUCCUCGACCCUGAUCUCCACGCCCUCCAUCCAGCUCCUGAUCUCGACCCUCCUGCGCCCCCGCCGCCGCGGCCACUACCCAAAUACUCAGCCAUGGUACAUCGAGGACGACACCUUCCUCGUCAUGGGCCUGCUCUUCUCCCUCCUCCGCAGCGAGGUCACAAAGGUCGAGCCCCACCUCUGGGAAGAGAUAUUUGUGCGCCUGGGCAUGAUGCGCCGCCUGGAAGACAUCGAGACGCUCGCGUUCGCACUCCUGGACUGGUACCACCCUACGCGCGCCCCCGACACCCGCCGCCGCUACGCAACCGCCAUAACUCCGCCGCCCAACCCCCCCCCGCAAACCGUUGCGGAGCUCGUCUCGAACUCCCCCGCAGCCCAGAAGAAACUAACCCCAAUCCGCCCCACAGAGGUGGCCGACAUCAGUCGCCAUAACCCGCUCAGGAUAAUAUUUGACCAGACCUUCUUCCAGGGCAUCGUCGAGUGGGGCUUCCUCACUUACCGUGUCUACUCCCCCGAGAAAAUGCCAUUGAUACCACGGCCCCCAUCGGAGAUUGUGAGACGCCUGCCAAAGCGCUACCACGAGUGGAAGCGCUGCGUCCCCAUGUUUACGUGGGGUAUAGAUCUGGCACGGCGGCUGCGGGAAGAGGGCGUCUAUGUUGACCCGCGGGUGAUUCAGCGCGGGCUCCGCGUGCGGCUUGCGCCGGUGUUCCGGCCGGCGGAUUCUCUGGAAACGCCGCAUGAGAGCAAUCAGCUCAGUGCUGCUCUGCUGGGGUAUUUAGAUCUUUGGCAGAUUUUGAAGGCGGUGAAGACGGCGUGGGGGGCGAGGCUGUAUAAGAUCAGGAAGGGCUGGGAUAACCCUGUGGUGCUGAACAGGAGGAUGUGUGAGUGUGGGAAGGAGAUGUUUAUAGUAGAGGAUGGAGAGAGGCAGAAGAAGGAGAGGGCAAAGAGGGAUGAGGCGAUGAGGGCGCAAGUGCUAGGUACGGCGAGUCCGGAGGGGGUGAUAUUGAGGAGGAUGAGGAGGGAUGGGAGGGCGGGGGAGAUGACGAAAGGGCAGAGGGAUGGGAGGGCGGGGGAAAUGGCGAACUGGCAGAGGAAGGAUGCGAGGGCGGGGGAGGUGACGAAGGGGCAGAGGAGGGAUGGGAGGACUGGGGAGGUGACGAAGGGGCAGAGGAGUAGAUAA